AUGACUGUUACACCAACCCCUGAUAAAAUUAUGAAAACUGAACAGGGUUGCAUGCUGCUUUUAAACAAACAGAACCCCACCAUUCAAGAGUUGGCUGAGGUUAUUGGGGUACUGGUAGCAAAUUUUCCAGGUGUGGAGUUUGGGCCAUCACACUAUCGUAAUUUGGAAAAAGAUAAAGUGUUAGCCCUUUCUGCCUCUAAAGGUAGCUACCAGGGACAUGUAAAUCUAUCUAAAAAGUCCCGUGAGGAAUUACAAUGGUGGUUAGAUAACAUAGCUACUUCCCAAAAGCAUAUAACACAUGGGAAACCCUCAAUUACCAUCCAGACAGAUGCUUCAAAAGCCGGAUGGGGUGCAGCAUGCUCUGAGAAAAAUACAGGUGGCCGUUGGUCAGCUGCGGAACAAGAGCAACAUAUUAAUGCCCUAGAACUCAGAGCUGCAUUCUUUGGGCUUAAAGCAUUUUGCCCUGGAAUGGGUGAUAAUCAUGUGAGACUAGAAUUAGAUAAUACCACAGCAAUAGCGUACAUAAAAAAUAUGGGUGGUUCCAAAUCAGAGGAUUUGAAUCAGCUUGCAUGCGAAUUAUGGGAUUGGUGUAUCACUCGCAACAUCUGGGUGUCUGCAGCCCAUAUACCUGGGGUUCAUAACAUUAUAGCUGAUAGAAGAUCUAGACAGUUUAAAGAUGAACAUGAAUGGCAGCUUAACAAGUUGUAUUUUCAGCAGAUACUAAUUAACUAUCCUAAUAUUAAUGUUGACUUGUUUGCAAGCCGACUAAAUCAUCAACUUGAGAACUAUGCCUCAUGGGAGCCGGACCCCUAUUAUGGACCAAGCGACAGGAAUAUUGGUGGCCCCACUUUGGCCGACUCAGGCAUGGUUCACACCCCUGUUGCAAUUAUUGCACAGUCAACCAUGGGUCCUCGACCAGCAUCUAGACACGAUGUUGAGCCAUCCACAGUACAAAACACACCCAAUCCCAAAGCUAAAGCUGAUAGUAUGCCCUGUAUCAGGGAAUCCCUGGCAAACUUCCAGCUAUCAGAAGAAGUUACCCAAGUUAUCAUGUCAUCAUGGCGAAGUAACACAAAAAAGCAAUACCACACUUACAUUACCAAGUGGUUGGACUUUUGUCAUCAAAGACAGGGUAAUCCAUAUAAACCGGAACUAAGUCAGGCAAUGAAUUUCUUACAAACACUCUACAAUGCUGGUCUCAGUUAUUCAGCCAUCAAUACAGCAAGGUCAGCUUUGUCUACAAUCAUUAACAUUCAUGGAUCAGAAACAUUUGGUACGCAUCCUCUUGUGUCCAGAUACUUAAAGGGAGUCUUUCUGACCAGAAAGCCGGUGCCAAAAUAUAACACUGUAUGGGAUGUUGACAAAGUUCUUACAUACCUCAAAACACUUACACCUAAUAAGGAAAUACCAUUAAAGGAAUUGACACUUAAAUUGGUUAUGUUGUUGUCAUUGGUAACUGCACAGAGGGGUCAGUCUAUUGUUAUGCUUGAUAUAACAGGAAUGACUCUCACCGAAAGUUCAUGCACAUUUCAACUCCUAGAACAUACAAAGACAAGUCGACCUGGAAACUCUGGCCAAUGUAUAAGGUUUUCAAGAUUCACCCCUGAUGCAAUCAGAAUCUCAAUCAAACUUCAACUUACAGUGUUUAUUUAUUGA